AUGAGUCAACCCUUACCCUAUGGAAGUUUUGAGUGGGUUGAACCUCAUAAGAAUGUCAUAGAAAAGAUUUUGACUUUAUCAGAAGACAGUUUGGAUGGAUACAUCUUGGAAGUAGACCUUGAAUAUCCCAAAGAACUUCAUAAUGCUCAUAACGAUUAUCCCUUAGCUCCAGAAAAAAUGAAAAUAAUAGCUAAUCAUCUUUCACCUUAUGCAUGUGUGUACGGUAAAACUAUGGAAAACGUGAGGAAACAUGUUGAUGUCCAAUUAGUCAAUACAGAAAAAAGAGCGAAAAAAUUGGUAGCUGCACCAACCUUUCAUAAUUUCAGAAUUUUUGAUAACGAUUUGGUUGGAGUACAAAGGUUGAAAAACUGUGUUAGUUUAAACAGGCCCAUAUAUGUAGGAUUUGUCAUACUAGAACUUAGUAAAUAUCAUAUGUACAAUUUUCAUUACAAUCAUAUCAAAAAACAAUAUGGAGAAAGAGCCAAGCUACUUUUUACUGACACAGACUCUCUCACGUACGAAAUUUUAACAGAAGAUGUAUAUCGAGAUAUGAGUUUUCAUACGCAUCUGUACGAUAUGUCAGAUUAUCCGAAGACUCAUGCUUUAUACAAUAUCAAUAAUAAAAAGAAAAUUGGAUGCUUCAAAGAUGAAAUGAAUUCCGAACCAAUACUGGAGUUUAUAGGACUGAGGGCGAAAAUGUACUCUCUACUGUUGGAUGAAAGUGAGAAGAAAACCGCGAAAGGAGUUAAACGAAGUGUUAUUAAAAGGAAACUUAAACAUAAAAAUUAUAGAGAUUGUUUAGAGAAAUCUAUCUUCACCAGAGAAUUACAAUAUAAUAUUCAGAGUUAUUCGCCAUAUUUGGAAAAUGAUUCAGAUAAUUUUGUUGCAGAUGUUCUAUUAGCAAAAUAA